AUGGGGGCGAGGCCCGUGUCCUGCGUGUCGCGCAUGAGCGCAGCGACGCGGGAACGCGACAAACUUCCUCUCGAAGGUAGAGACUCCACUUCUGAUAGGACUCCUGCCUGUCAGACUUUGUUUUCCCCGGCCUCCCCUCCUCGCCGACGUGGCCGGUUGACGGCUGUUCGCUCCGCCGCUUCUCUUGUUUUGGUCUUUUUCCUGGCUUUCCUCUUGUCAUCGGACGCUUUCUGUGAGGCGACUAGCGCUCGACGGCGACGCAUCCGCCGCAUCGCUGCGUACUCCUCUUCAGCAGAAAAGCUGACUUCUCCCGCGCCCUUCUCGGUCCUUGCGUGGAUUCUCUCCCUCGCUUCUGUCGCCGUCUCUCCGUCCGCGACUGCCGUCAUCGGCCUCUCCGCGGCGGCGGCACUGCAAGCGCUGCCUUCGCCGUGCCUCUCAUUUCCUGCGUCUUUCGGCUCGUUCGUCGGUUCGCCCUCUUCGCAUGUGUUACCUCUUCCUCGCACUUCGCCGCGAUCUCAUGUCUUCUUCGCUGCUUGCUCGCGGUCUUUGCCUUCGGGCGAGAGUGCGCCUUCGCCUCUGCAUGCGGCCUUCUUGCUCCCGUGCUUAUCACACGAGGUGUCUCUCUGUGUCUCGUCCUAUGGCCCCUCUGCGCCUGCCGCCUCUCUCUGUACGGCUGCUUCUCCCCGAUUCCAGUGUGCCUCCAGGUCUGCUCGUCCCUAUUUUUUAGUCUCCUCUCUGUUUGGUUUUUGUCCUGUGACGCGCGUCUCGAGUCCCUUCGCCCGCUCGGCGCGAUGCUCAAUGAGGCGGCCGGGAGACGUGUCCGCGCGACAGGAGAGGAGACGAAGACGCCUUGCCGCUGAACACCAUCCGCCCCUCGCGCCAGACAACGACGGGGAAGAUGACGACCCCCUCGCGGACGUUGAUGCCUUCCUCGAUCGUAUCGAGAGAGAAGAAGUGCACAAGCAGCCGCGAAGGACCUUCCGCGCGUCGCGCGCGGACGCGCCGUUCUUCAAAGUGUCAGAUGCGCCGCGCGAACCUCUUCAGCACGCGCUCCGUGGAUUGCCCUCGUCGCGGGCUUGGUCGUCUCAGGGCUUUCUGGUGGGUUCUCCGCCAUCUUCGCCGUCUCAGUUGUCGCCUGCGUCGGCCGUCUCCUCCGCGGGGUCCGCGCCGACUGCGACGUGUGCAGUUCACAGCCGAGACGCGCGAGGCAUGCGGGGCGGCUCGGUGGCAUGCGUUUCCUCGCAGGACAGCGAGAUGGCGAAGCAGGAGGAGGAGGACGAAGACUGGGGCGAAGGCGACGUGACGGUUGACCGCGACGCUGGAGCGGAUUUUCCGCUCGAUGAAGGCCUGCUUGCCAGACAAGCUGAGGCGGUGCUGGCGUUCCUCGGGCUGCGGGCGUUUUCGGCGUCUGUUCACCUCGUGACCCCCGAGCAAAUCCGCGAGCUGAACAGGAGCUCGCGAGGCGCCGAUGUGGCUACAGACGUCCUCGCCUUUCCAUCCCGCCCCUCGCCCGGCGUCUACCGCGAGAUGCGGCACCUCUUGAGUCAGUCCGCGCGGCGCGGGCGGGAGGUGACCGCGGGCGAUGGAGGCAGUCAAGGUGCCGGCGCGUCGAGCCGAGGGGAGGCAGGCGACGGCACAGAGUGGGCGCAGGCGUGGAGGACGAUUCGCCUUAGAAGCCCUGCGGAUUUGACACUUGGAGAAGUCUAUUUCUGCACCAGUGUCAUUCAGCAGCAAGUAGAAGCGGAUCGCGCCGAGAUUGAAGGCCUCGCCCGGCGAGGCCUUCGUCUGGUCUUGAGAGACACAGGAAUUAAGGGCCGUCUGAAGCCUCGACUGUCAGUACAGGAGCGCCUGCCUCUCCUCUUCAUGCACGCCGCGCUUCACUUAAUUGGGUUUGAUCAUGAGGAGGCACACGAAGCGAGGGAGAUGGAAGCUGUCGAAGAGGCGCUUCUCGCAAAGUUUCUGAAGGCCGCACAACCACGCGCGCUGCUGCAGGGAGGAGGGCCGUUGGCUCCCCAUUUUCUGGUGGGCUCGGGGCUGGACGUGUGUGCCAUUUCGCGCAUACGCCGCUUCAUCCUGGCGCAGGUUGGAGAGCAGGAGGAGGCGCGCCGCGACUCCGAGCAAGGCGCGCAACUCGAAGUCGAGGAGCUGCCUCUGUGCGAGGCUGAAGACGAGUCUCGAAGCGACGCCGCACCCGCGGAGGGAGACGCUGCUCAGAAUCCUGGAAACGCGGCGCCGGCGGAAGCGGAGGAAUCGGGGAUACUGCCGGAACACGGGUGUAUGUACACCUCACGCCUGAGGCGGGCGCUCGCGCGGAUUUUGACGCCGCUAGAAGUCCUCGAGUUUCUGCAGCGUUUCUGCCCCCUGCACGCCGAGGGACGUCAAACCCCACUGGACAAAGUACCAAGGCCCGCCAGCCCCGAAAAAGAAAGGAAUAGCUCCGUAGACGCUGUGCGACAGGACUCCGAUUUUCAUCGAAACCUUCAGCGCGCGUCGGAGUUUCUUGCCGGUCGCUUCGCAGCCAAGGAAGCGCUGGCCAAAGCCCUAGGCGGUGCAGGACUUCGAAACCUCUCUCCAGGCAAGUCUCGCGGAAUUCCAGCGAGCUCAAAGCUCUAA